AUGAUGGGGUCCCUUCGUACUAUUGCUCUGGCUAUUCUGGCUAUCUCAGCCUUUACUUUCAUCGCCCUUUUUGGCCGCCUUCCUGCCUUCAGGAAAACACCUAUCGCGUUGUUGCAUCGUGCAGUGUGGAUAUAUUUUCCUAACGGCGUUGCCUAUCUUGACUCUCGCUUGCUUGGCGGGCGACUUGUCAGAACCUGGAACCGCUCAGGUAGCUAUAUUCUCCACGAGAACCAUCCACUGGUUCUAAUUUUUUUCGUUGGCUUGCUUGCAAUUGGUGAAUGGGUAUUUUUACCGGUAGCAUGGCCUCGGAUGUCAUCCGUUCAUCAUCCCUGGGUCCCCCCGGUGGUUAUUAUCCCAUACAUCCUUCUUUACAAGUGUGUCAUGACCAAUUCUCAUGUCACGCCAGAGAACCACAACGAGGAGAUGAAACGUUAUCCGUUCGAUCAAGUCUUGUUUCAUCCAGGCUACCGCUGCAGUACAUGCAAUCUCAUCAAGCCGGCGCGCAGUAAGCACUGCAAGUUCUGUCGGACUUGUGUCUCUCGCCAGGACCACCAUUGUGUCUGGCUGAUGAACUGUGUUGGGGCUAACAAUUACAUGUACUUCAUGUCGUUGCUGCUCUCUCUAUCGGUCUUGCUCGCCUAUGGUACUUGUCUUGGCUACUCAUUACUCCGCCAAUCACUACAGGAAAUGAUCCCCGCUCAUUUGCAAGCAGCCAUGGAGUCAUGGAUUAUGUAUUUCAACAUCUGGGCGAUCGUCAUACAAUCUGAUCCCAGGAUUGGUACUAUCACGCUGUUGAUGCUCAUGACCGCUCCCUUGGCCAUGGCAUUCCUGGCAUACCAUACCUACCUUAUCUGGGCCGGCAUGACUACCAACGAAAGCUCCAAGUGGUCAGAUUGGAAAGAAGACGUCGAGGACGGUUACGUUUUCAAAGCACAUAGAAAGGAUAUUCCGGAUGCACACCCAUUCACGGAUUUCAAUGAGCAUCCUUGGCCGGUCACGAGUGAUCAAUUGCUGGUCACAGACGACGAGCCUCCAUUGGAGGGAUACAUUUUGGUCCCAGGUACCAAUCGGAUUGACUACCGCAGCGAUGAGGAUGCACCGAUUGAUUCGCGGUGGGUCCCAGUCCAUAGCAUGAAGGACAUUGACAACAUCUACGAUCUGGGAUUUUGGAACAAUCUUCGAGAUUCUGCAGGGCUUUCCGUGCGUCGCAUGGGCCGUAAAUAG